AACAUCUCUUGGUAACAAUUCACUAAUCUGCUUCAGAGAAAAAUGAGAGAGAAGAUCCAUUUAGCCUUCACACCCCCACAAGAGGUGGCCAUGGCAGAUGGGGCUGGUUCAUACAUGAACGUUUAAAUGAGGGAACGUUACAUUAAGGAACCAGUCAGUCUUCAGGUGCCUUCUGCCAGAAUGUUUACAUCACAACUGAUAUCCUUGGUUCUGGUUGGAUACUUGUCUGCUGUGCAAGGACGUUGGCCAUGCCAUCUUACCAAUGCCACUAUAUCUGCCGAGAAGGACCACUGUCCAGUGUGCGUCACCUUUACAACCACAAUCUGCAGUGGUUACUGUCACACAAUGGAUCCACUGUACAAAACGGCUCUUUCUCCAUUUAAACAACACAUCUGCACUUAUAAAGAUAUCCGCUAUGACACCAUCAGACUACCCGACUGCUUACCUGGCACAGACCCCUUCUUCACCUACCCUGUGGCACUGAGUUGUCACUGCGACCACUGCAAGAUGGACUACAGCGACUGUACAGUGGACAGUAGUGAGCCCGAUGUCUGUAUGAAGAGCCGGAUAGACAUAUAAUAGCCCAAAACUGGGAUAAACAUUUAACCAGCCAAUUCCCCCAAACCCUACUAUUUUGAUAAUUGUAAGCAUCUAUGUAACAUGUACACCGUCCCUAAUAAAUCAAUGUGCUUUACACGUCACUACCUCAGUCUCUGUAGACUCGCCUCAGUGAUUUGGCGCACUACUUAAUAGGUUCUCAACAGCAAGUAAGACCUGUAACAAAAGUAAUGUGUUUCAAUGACUUGUUAUAAAUGCUCGUUAUAAUGAAAUACAUAAAUACAGCAAUUCAACAGUCUCAUCAUUUUAUGUCAAUAGAAACAGUCACUGAUUUUUCUUUUGCUGGACAACUUUUGAUAUUCAUGUUGAAGGCCAUCGUAAAACUAGCUGAUGAUCUGAGGCAGGGGUAGGCAACUUUUAGGUAGGCCUAAUUUUAUUUUUAAAGGAAACCUCCAGCAAAAAAUAACUUAUAACCUAUUCAUAGGAUAGGGGAAAAGUAGCUGAUCUUGAAGGGGGGGGGGGGGGUGUCUGAAGGCUUGGAUGGGACCUGGUGCUCAGUGAGGAGCAGCCGGCACAUGCUCCAUUCAUUCCCAUGGGAGCGCCGAAAAGCCCCGAGUACAGCUCUCUGGCAUCAUUGGUGCUCCCAUAGAAAUGAGUGGAGCACGUGCCGUCUACUGGAAGACCACAUGCGCUCCCCACAGAACGCUGGGGUCCCAUCCUGGUGAUCGCAGGGGCCCCAUCCUAUGGACUUUUUCCUAUACAGGGAGCCAUCAGAUGUUGCAAAACUACAACUCCUGGCAUUCCUGGACAGCCUUUGUCUGUCCAGGAAUGCUGGGAGUUGUAGUUUUGCAACACCUGGAGGCACCCUGGUUGGGAAACACUGGUGUAGGGCUUCAGUAGGGCCAAGUGUGUGAGUAGUUGAGAUGUGUCUGCAGUUGUGCUUUCUGUGCAUCUCCGAGGUGAACAUAGAGGAAAGUUGUAGGGAGGAGACGGCAGCUGAUUGGCUGCUGUCAACCUGGCAACUAAGGGACAGGACGUUAACAGGGCAAACAUCAUCAUUGCCUGGGAACGCCUACAGAGUUCAGGAGAACAGCAGAUAAAAGCUGCAUACAGCCACAGGGAAGACAAAACUGAAAAAAGAAAAGGCUGGAAAUGAUCAGAGACUAUUACAAAGUAUGGCUGCAGUGUAUUUUUUUCUUGCUUCGUGAUGACAGGUAUGCUUUAAGCCUUACUUGUUUUCUAUUUAAGGAUGGCAUUUGGCGGUGUCAGAACCAAUUACCAGGUUUCAAUAGAGUUAUAGUCUCAACAUACAAUGAACGUCCUGAAGCCAACUAAUAUUGUUACUUGAGGGAUCACUGUAGUGGUAAAACCCCCUUAAAGCAGG